AUGUCGGUAUCAUAUUCUGUUGUUCAAAUAUUAAAUGAACAAAAGAUGGAAUAUUCUCUUAAUGAUUUCUUAACUUUAAUAAAGUAUAGUCAAUUUAAUCGUUUACGAAUGACAUCAAAAGCUCUUUAUCAUCAUAAUGAUGCUUUAUUGAAUUUGAUGAAAUCAAGCACAAUUUCAACUAAGCUAUGCAUUGAAAUUAAUACAACAAACUAA